AAAGCUAAUUUUAUUCUAUGUUUGCCAUUACAGUUUAAAAAUGUUCUCAAAGGUAAUAUUAUUUCUAGCAGCUUCUUUGUGCAUUUCGUGCAGUGCGCAGGAUUCAGAUUUAAAUGUGACUCUGUUUUACGAAGGCUUGUGUCCAUAUUGCCAUGAUUUUAUUCUGAAUCAACUAUAUCCUGGAUACCAGCAAUUGGGUGACAGCUUUAAAUUGGAUGUAGUACCGUAUGGAUGGGAGACUUAUGAAAAACAAGCCGAUGGAACAAUAAAAUAUACUUGUCAACAUGGAGAUAACGAAUGCUAUAUUAAUAGAAUACACGCUUGUGUUGUCGACCAAAAGCCGGUUCAAUCAGAUCUUAUAAACUUUUUGCAAUGCUAUUUAUCUCAGGCUAGCGCAUAUAACAUUCCUGAAGAGCUGUUGGAUAUGGCAAAGGAUUGCUCUGGAGGUAGUAUUUCUUUUGAUGAGAUUCAAGUUUGUAGAGAAGGAUCCCGUGCAGACGAACUUUUGUUAUCAUACUCCGAGAGACAAUCAAAAUUGAAUCCUGCACUACCAUACGUACCAAAUAUACGAUUUAAUGGCGUUUAUGAUAAGGAUUUGGAAAAUGAAGCUACCCAAGAUUUUGUUGCCACUAUUUGCAGUUUAUUAAAAGAUAAUAAACCCAAUGUUUGUGAUGCUUAGGGUAGAAGCUUCUGAUCCAGAAAUGAUUUUCCUUAAAAUAUAUUCCGUAUGAAUAAAAAUUAAAGUUUAUAUAACAAGGGUUUUAAAUAAAAUAAUGCAUAUUUAAUUAAAAUAAUAAUGAAUUUAUUUAACAUUAACCC